AUGUCCCUAUCGAGAGAAGAGACCGCAAAGGUCCCAGAGCCACAACUUUCCUCGGUGGCUUCCUUCACGGAUCAAGACUCGGAGAAGGGUUCGAUCUCACGAGAUCCAUCCACAUUCGAGGGUCAAUCAUCUGAGCCUCCACCACAUCAUAUUUUCACUCGAUCCCGCAAGUUGCAGAUGGUAUGCAUCGUCUCGAUGGCUGCCAUCUUUUCACCGUUGUCCUCCAAUAUUUACUUCCCUGCUUUGGACGAUGUAUCGAAGUCACUCAACGUCAGCAUGACGCUGGCGACUCUCACUAUCACAAUAUACAUGAUUGUCCAAGGCCUCGCGCCGACUUUUUGGGGAUCUCUCUCAGAUGCUUUAGGAAGACGCCCUGUGUUCAUUGGCACCUUUGUUGUCUACUUAGUAGCAAAUAUCGCACUCGCCGAGUCCAAGAACUAUGGCGAGCUCAUGGCAUUUCGCGCUCUGCAGGCUGCUGGUAGUGCGGCUACCAUCUCGAUCGGAGCUGGAGUUAUUGGCGACAUCACCACUUCCGCGGAAAGGGGUAGCUUGGUGGGCAUCUUCGGCGGAGUCCGCAUGCUUGGACAGGGCAUUGGCCCGGUCUUUGGUGGCCUGUUGACCCAGUACCUGGGGUAUAGAUCUAUCUUCUGGUUCCUGACCAUACUUGGAGGCGUGAGUCUGGUGUCAAUCCUGGUUCUCCUCCCGGAAACGCUCCGCCCUAUUGCUGGCAAUGGUACUGUGAAGCUUGAUGGCCUCCACAAGCCUUUUCUAUACCACUUUACGAGCCAGCCCGGUGUUAUCGACGGUGCAGAACCGGGGGUAAAAAAGGCGAAGGUGACUUGGCGGACCGUGUGUGCGCCACUGAAAUUCCUGGCCGAAAAGGAUGUUUUUAUCACCCUAUUCUUCGGAAGUAUAGUGUAUACUGUAUGGAGCAUGGUGACCUCGAGCACCACGGAUCUCUUCAGCGAGGUCUAUGGCCUGUCAUCUCUUGAAGUAGGGUUGACAUUUUUGGGCAACGGAUUUGGAUGUAUGUCAGGUUCUUACCUGGUAGGGUAUCUUAUGGACUACAACCACCGCUUGACCGAGCGCGAAUAUUGCGAGAAGCAUGGAUAUCCGGCGGGUACUCGAGUCAAUCUCAAAUCACACUCGGACUUUCCCAUCGAGGUUGCUCGGAUGCGAAACACUUGGUGGAUCACUGGCAUCUUCAUCGUGACUACAGCGGUCUAUGGGGUGUCUCUCCGCACCCAUGUUGCUGUUCCCAUUAUCUUGCAAUACUUCAUCGCCUUCUGUGCGACGGGAAUCUUCACUAUCAACAGCGCGUUGGUCAUCGAUCUGUAUCCCGGAGCAAGCGCCAGCGCAACGGCGGUGAACAACCUGAUGCGAUGUUUGAUAGGAGCUGCAGGUGUGGCGGCUGUACAGCCCAUUCUGGAAGCGCUGGGGGCAGACUAUACAUUUGUUUUGCUCGCGGGUAUCACAUUGGUGAUGGUUCCAUUAUUAUGGAUUGAAGACCGCUGGGGCCCUGGCUGGCGCCACGCCCGAGAGCGGAGGCUAAAAGCACAAAUGCCGUAG